CCGGGUAGGGGAAGGUGCGCGAUGACGGAUGGGGGAGGGUUUCCGGAAGGGCUGCCCGGACGGGUUUCUGCAGGGCUUCAGGCGCUUCCGCUUCGAGUCGGCACAAUGAAGAGGGAGCAAUAACCGGAAGGGCCGAGGGUGCAAAGUAUUCUAUUGAACAGCAAUUACAAUGGGAGAUGCUGCAAAACCUUGCUUUGCCAAAAGAAAAAAGGAGUGGGGAGUUUUAGAUGAGGAGGAAUUGAAGAGGAGCCCUUUACAACAGGACUGCCACGCCAUGGAUGCUUACGGACCUGGCAAAAAAAUAGAUCUAGGCUUUCCGAAGAAAAAGGGAACACAAGCUCACUGUGGAAGCAGUCCCAGAAAAGGACCACAUUGUAUUCUGAAUAGCUCAAAUUCUUUUAAAAACAUGGGUCACAACCAAGGGGUAAGGAUAAAUGAUACCCAAAAAGACCAAAUUAAGAAAUGGAUAUCCGAUGAGCAUCGUGGCAAUUCAGACAGCUGGAGAGAGUACAAAUCUACAGUUCGGAUUCCUGUGCUUAACAGGACAAGAAAAGACUCUUUUCAUGAGGUUGAAGGUGCAGGAAGCAGAAAUGUAAGAAGACCGCUUCAGAAAGACUUAAAUGAAGAAAUGUCAGACACACAGAAAGGAAACUCUGAAAUGAAGAAACAUAGGAAACCAAGGAGAUCAAGAAGGACAGGAAAAGAGGAGUGUGAUCAAGAUGACGAUGUGGAAAGCCCGGUUAUAGAUGAGUCGAUGCUGUCAGUGAAGGAACUACUAGGGUUGCAGCAGGCUGAAGAGCGAUUAAAGAGAGACUGCAUUUACAGACUAAAGAAGCGUCCUCGAAACUACCCCACAGCCAAGUAUACCUGCAAAUUAUGUGAUGCUUUGAUUGAGUCAGUGACAUUUGCUCAUAAGCACAUUAAAGAGAAGAAGCACAAGAAAAACAUAAAGGAAAAGCAAGAAGAACAACUGCUGACUACCCUGCCUCCACCAACACCUUCCCAGAUACAAGCUAUUGGUGUUGCCAUUGAAAACGUAGUGCAAGAGUUUGGCUUAAAUAAUGAGGAUUUGGAACAAAGACUCAAAAUUAAAACAGCGAUGGAAGAUUUAUUGCACCCAAAAUUGCCAGAUUGCUCGCUAAGGCUGUACGGCUCCUCCUGUAGCAGAUUUGGUUUCAGAACAUCUGACAUAAACAUUGAUGUCCAGUUUCCAGCCAAUAUGGCUCAACCAGAUGUUCUCUUACUUGUACAAGAAAGUCUGAAGAAUAGUGAAUCUUUUAUUGAUGUUGAUGCAGAUUUCCAUGCUAGAGUACCAGUGGUGGUGUGCAGAGAAAAGCAAAGUGGCCUUGUUUGUAAAGUAAGCGCAGGGAAUGAAAAUGCUUGUCUGACGACAAACCAUUUGGCUACUCUUGGAAAACUAGAACCAACUCUUGUACCUCUAGUGAUUGCCUUCAGGUACUGGGCGAAGCUGUGUUGUGCUGAUCGUCCUGAAGAAGGAGGUUUGCCAUCUUACGUGUUUGCUUUAAUGGUCAUUUUCUUUCUACAACAGAGGAAAGAGCCAUUUCUGCCUGUUUAUUUGGGAUUGUGGAUUGGAGGAUUCUCCUUAAACAAAUUAGUAAACUUCAACCUUAAAGAUGUUGAGAAUGAUAUCGUGGUCUGGGAGUAUAAUCCUGCUGUUGAUGAUGCUGAUUCUGCAAAAGAAGCUUCUCCUAAAAGGGGCAAGGUUCCCUUAGUGUUUGAUUCAGGACACCAGUGUUCAGCACCAGUUGGGCAGCUUUGGGUAGAACUGCUUCGCUUCUAUGCCUUGGAGUUUAAUUUGGCUGAUCUGGUCAUCAGUAUACGACUCAAAGAACCAGUGUCUCGUGAAUCAAAGGACUGGCCUAAAAAGCGCAUGGCUGUGGAAGACCCUUACUCAGUAAAGAGGAAUGUGGCAAGAACUCUGAACAGUCAGCUAGUCUAUGAAUAUAUUCUUCACUGCUUAAGGGCAACUUACAAAUAUUUUGCCUUGCCCCACAAAAAACCUACAAAAUCCAGCCCCAAAAAGCCUUUGAAUGUCAAUGAGGAGACAUCACAAAGAUUAGAACCUGAAAAGGAUGCCAUAAAGCAUGAUGCCACCGAUACGCAAAACGUAGCUGACCAAAUGGGGGAAGUGGUAGCAGCUGAUUGUAUUAAUAUUAUUGACAGAAGUAUAGACACGCCUCAGGCAUGUACAGUUGAUCCUUCAAAGGUGUUUGUCUCUGAAAGCGUGACCAAAGAAGAAUUGGCAGAUGAUAUAGGACAUUUGGGAAUUGCUCAGGAAGAUUCAGACUUUGUAAUUGAAGAGAUGAUUUCUGGUGAUAAUGAGAACUUUAAACCAAGCUGUGUAGAGACAGAAAGUGGAAAUGAGGAGGAGGAGGAGGAAGAGGAAGAACAUGACCAAGAUGAGAAAUGGCAGAAAAAUGUGAUAGUUAUUGAUCAAGGCUUGGAUGACUACAGUGAAAAUGGAGAUCUCCCUAUUCCAGCAAGUGAGCAUGAUAUUGAAACAUACAGUAUUUCGGACUCUGAAGGUGUUCAUAGCACUGUAGUCAGAGAGAGUGAUGAGUUUGGUUUAGAGUGCAAUGUAAUACUCGACGAUAAGGCUGACAUGGAUGAGGAGAGCACAGAGGGGACUGAUGAACUGGAUGAUUCCCUGAACAAACGUGCACCUUCGUUAUCUGAAAUGAAUAACUCAGAUGAGGAAGGAGAGGAAGAGGAGGGAGAACAGAGUUUUCUCCUAAACCAAAGAGAAUGUGGUGGUAUUGUGACUGGACAAGAUGAUGAGCUGGACAAUACUUACACUGCAUCUGGGGAUGAAGAUGCACUGUCUGAGGAAGAAUUGUCCGUCUCUGUUAAAUAUGAAGAGACAGAGCUGGGAAAACAUGUAGCUAAAUCUCUAAGGGUAGAUUUGAAUGAAGAGGAUUUUAUAGAGAAAGGAAGCCUUUGUGAAGAGGGCAUACUAAUAGGACAAUUUAUGGAAUCUGAGCUCUUUUAUGAAUUUAAUAAACCCGCUUUCACAAAGGGCAAGUCUCCUAUGGUUGUAUGUAGCUUGUGCAGACGAGAAGGUCACCUAAAGAGGGAUUGUCCAGAAGACUUCAAAAAAAUUGAGCUAGACCCUUUGCCAGCGUUGACACCCAAGUUUUCAAAUAUUUUAGAUCAAGUUUGCAUCCAGUGUUACAAGGAUUUUGCUCCAAAUGUUAUAGAGGAUCAGGCUCGUCAACAUAUACGGCAAAAUCUGGAAAGCUUCAUCAGACAGGAGUUUCCAGGAACCAGGUUGAACUUGUUUGGCUCAUCAAAAAAUGGCUUUGGCUUCAAACAAAGUGACCUUGAUAUCUGUAUGACAAUUGAUGGACUGGAAACUUCUGAGGGACUUGAUUGCAUAAGAAUCAUUGAAGAAUUAGCAAGAGUGCUUAAGAAACAUUCAGGUCUAAGAAAUGUCUUGCCAAUAACAACUGCUAAAGUGCCAAUUGUCAAGUUCUUCCAUGUGAGAAGCAGUCUUGAAGUAGACAUCAGUUUAUAUAAUACAUUGGCCCUGCAUAACACAAGACUCUUGUCCUCUUAUGCAGCCAUUGAUUCCAGAGUGAAAUAUCUGUGUUACACAAUGAAAGUCUUUACAAAGAUGUGUGACAUUGGAGAUGCAUCUAGAGGUAGCCUGUCCUCCUAUGCAUAUACUCUUAUGGUGCUUUAUUUUCUUCAGCAGCGAAACCCACCAGUCAUUCCUGUUCUCCAAGAGAUCUACAAGGAGCCAAAGAAGCCUGAAAUUUUAGUUGAUGGUUGGAAUGUUUAUUUCUUUGACAAAAUAGAUGAGUUGCCAGCCUGUUGGCCAGACUAUGGUUCAAACACUGAAUCUGUUGGGGAGCUAUGGCUGGGACUUCUCCGCUUCUACACGGAAGAAUUUGAUUUCAAAGAACAUGUUAUCUGCAUCAGAAGAAAAAAUCUGCUUACAACUUUCAAGAAGCAGUGGACCUCCAAAUAUAUUGUUAUUGAAGAUCCCUUUGAUUUGAACCACAAUCUUGGAGCUGGCUUAUCAAGAAAAAUGACAAAUUUUAUAAUGAAGGCUUUUAUCAAUGGCAGAAGGGUAUUUGGUACCCCAAUAAAAGGAUUUCCUAAAGAAUAUCCCUCAAAAAUGGAAUACUUCUUUGACCCAGAAGUCCUGACAGAAGGAGAACUGGCCCCAAAUGACAGAUGCUGCAGAAUUUGUGGUAAAAUUGGACACUUCAUGAAAGACUGUCCCAUGAGGAAAAAGUUGAGACGACGACAUGAUCAUGAAGAUAUUAAAAACCAAAGGUACAUCGAGAACAACGAGAAAAGCAGCAAAGAGGAAAAAGAUACCUCAAUGAAGGAAGGAACGAUAUUAUGUACACCUCAGAAAAACAAACUAGGGAGAGCAACACCGGACACAGGAAGAGAGAAGGCUUCCAGGCAGUCAGCAGAGAAGUGGAAGCGGCAGGAGGACAGGGACUUAAGAGAAAAACGUUGUUUUAACUGUGGGAGAGAAGGCCACAUUAAAAAAGAGUGCCCACAGUAUAAAGGAGCUACAGGUGGAUCUAAGUCAGAAAGUCUGUGUGGAUCCCCUUCUUCACCCAGUGCUGUUAAACAUGCUGGUAGAGUAAAUCAGGGAAUAGUUUUACAUGAGGAAAAGAAGAAACAAAAAGGAAAAGUGUUCUUGAGUCCCCAAACAGAAGAAAGAUGCAAGCUGCAGGCAGGUUUUCAGGGUUGCAGCCAUAGAAGGAGGCACUGGGACAUGCUGAGUGCACCCAUCACAGGCAGGUUUGCAAGACUGCAGCCACACGGGAAAAAGUGGGAAGACAGCUUCUCUGGCUGCAAGCCUGCCUGCACACGGGGAUUGCACAGGAGGCAGCCUUGCCAAUAAAUACAUGGCUCAGGGAAAAGCUUCACAGAAGAGGACCCACCAAGAAUCAUGAGGGGACUGAAGAACUCUGAAAUUGCAAUACAGGCCGUCCAUUCACUUCAAAAAUUAGGUUCAUUUUGGCUAAAGCUUCUGGGCUCACAAGACAGCAGCACAAAACAAUCUUCAAUUUGAGUUUAAAGAAAACAUGGUAUUUUAUUUUAAUUAGAUUGCUAAAAGUCCGAGGCAAUGGAUUUUAAUGCAGUGUUCCUACUAUGGACUCCUGCUCUUAAUAGAUUAUUUGAACAUUUUAAUAGAAAGCCAUGAUGUUUGUAUUUGUUUACUAAGUAAAACGUGUAGAUAAGAGCAGGUGCUCAUUUUCAAGAUUUUAACAUUCAACAUGACCCUUUCAAAGUGCACCAAAAUUGCGUGCAAGCCAAAUAUUAUGUUUCAUUUUUCUUCAAAAAUUGACUUUUUUGAAGGAGGAAAUGCUAUUUAUUAAUGUUGAUUGUUUACUGAAUCCUUGUGUAAAGUGUUUAAAAUGUUUGUGGACUACUACUGAUGUAUUCGCAAACAUUUUAUCUGCGGAGAAUUGAAAACAAACAUUAGUAAACUUUUUUGUGAAACUGCUGUGGACACACUGCCACUGAGUUGUUUUUUUCUCUUUGUGAUUUUAUGAGUUAAUAUGCUGCUGUGCUUGUGUACAGAAAGACUGAGAAGCAAAUUAGUCCUGUUUGAUGCUGCUAAGAAUCUUUCUCAAUUGUGCCUCUUGCCUAUAAAAUGCAACAGGCACAAUUGCUAAAAGGCAGAAAAAAGUGAUAAUCAGCAAUUGGGGAUGAGGGUUAAAUGCCUUUCUCUUUUCCUAAAAAGUGAAAAAGAUCCAACUUUCAAUCAAGGAUUUAAUUAGUGUUGUCUUAAGAUUUACUUGAAGUCCUUUUGGAGCUGGUACUAUACCUUCAUACCCUGUUCUCGGGGGAGUGGGAAUCAAUACAGGGAAAAAAUGAAACCGCUGUUAUUUAUGACUUUGAAAUAAAAAAAAAGUUAAAACUUGAAAUUUCUACAUUUCUCCUUAUCUUGUACCGACAAUUCCAAGUAUUCUUGUUACAAGUGCAAAAUUCAAUAGGAACAUAGGAUAAUGUCAUUUUAUUCUAACUACUUAUUUAAAGGUGUUAUGUUUUAAGACUAAUAGUUCCUUUCACCAAAUGUCUACAUCGUUAUUAAAGACCUAGGUUGGGAUUUUCAAAGGGGCAAGGGAGUUAGGUCCCCAACUCUCCGUGAGUGUGUGUGUGUCCCCUAAAAUUCAUCACUUCAUAAAUCUGUUCACUUACACAUUGAGAGAAAUUUUAGCCAAAGACUAACAGAAAAUGACCACACUGAGGUGAUGGAAUGUUUGUCAAGUUCACUUCAACUUCAUAGCUAGUGGUACUUUAUCAUAAAAUUAAAAUUCAGUCUUUCCUUUGUGGGGUACUUAUGGUUUUUGUUGUACUGUUUAUUUGCCUGGCAGCAAAAUAUAAAAGUUGCUGUGUUCUGUGUAUACAAUGGCUCAAUUAACCCUGUAUUUAAAGUUUUCUUCUUUGAUUGAUUGUGGACAGGAGUGAAAGAUAAAAGCUUCUAUGGAGCUAAGUGGCCAUAGAGAGACCCCACAGCCCUUCCAUAGAAGAUAUUCAUAAAAAUCAUUUUUGCUCCCUGUCCCAUAGCCUCCCUCCAGCCCCCUUCACCUUGGUACCUUUUGCCAUGAAGUAUCGAGCUAUGAAAUCUUCCUUGCUAAACCUGACUUCAGCUGAAGGCUGGUCCUGUGGAUGCUCUCAUCUUUCAUUCUGAAGAGAGGGUUAUUCACCUUAUGCAAUAACUGAGGUUCUUCGAGAUGGUUGUCCCUGUGUGUGCUCCACUUCAGGUGUCCAUGCACCCUGCACUUGACAUCAGAGAUUUGUAGUAGCAGUGCCUAGUUGGGUCACGCAUGCACCAUUGCCUUCUUGCGCCACCUCAGGCGGUUACAUAGUGCUGCAUGACCAACCGUCCCUCGGAUCCUUUUCUACUGCAGAGAAUCUAGCGUGAAACUCCGAACUAGAGGGGAGGAGGGAGGGUAGUGGAGUACUUACAGAGACAAUCAUCUUGAGUAACCUCUGUUGCUGCACAAGAUGAAUAACCCUCUCUUCUUUUUUUUAAAGAGUGUCUCUGUGGGUGCUCCACUUUAGGUGUCCGAGCAGUGCCCCUCAGUAGAAGAGUGGGGCUUCGGAGUUGCGUUAGUGAUAGUUGAUAAAACAGAGAGUCCAAAUAGAGCGUCUGAUGAUGACUGUUGCUCUAUUGUGCUUUGUGAAUGAGUGGGCUGAUGCCCAGGUGGAUGCUCUGCAAACAUCAAUAAUGGGGAUGUUGUUGAGAAAAGCUAUCAAUGCUGAAAGUUCCCUGGUAAAGUGUGCUGGUCCUCUUGGGGCUUGUAAUUGAUGCUUUUGAUAAGCAUGUGGAUGUGCAUCCUGAUAUCCACUUGGAUAAUCUCUGUUCUGAGAUGGUUUGCCCUUUUGAUCAUUCUGUUAUAGAGAAAUAAUCUCAGUGAUUUUCUAAACAUUUUUGUUCUUUCAAUGUAGAAAGCUAAUGCUCUUUGAACGUCCAGUGUCUGGAGUGAUGCCUCUUUUGUCUGCAUGAGGUUUUGGAAAAAAUCCAGGUCAUUUCAUUUCCUCUCAGCCCUGGAGUAGCCAGCCCUUGAGGUGAAGUAUUGAGGUUGGGAUGGUGGAUGUGUCCCGCAUCUUGGGAGAGGAGAUGAGGUAUGAGAGGAAGAUUUCAAGGUGGGCACACUGCCAUCUUUUACAGGUGUGUAGAUGCCUGGGGAUUUUAAUGUUGCCCUAGAGUCCUUCAGAAUACGAAGGGACUCAUCAGUUUUGGCCGCAAAUAGUUUUGGGCCUUUGAAGGGCAGCUCCUCAACCGUUGACUGAACCUCUCUCGGGAACCCCGAGACAUGAAGCCUUGAUGCACAGUGCAUGACCACUGAUGUUGCAAUGGAGCAUGCCGCUGUUUCCGCAGAGUCAAGUGAGAUCUGCAAUGCUGUCCUGGCAGUGAGAUGGCCUUCGGCGAUGUUGGCUUUAAUUUGUUCUUUUUUGUCUUCUGGUAAGCUGCCAAUAAAUUCUGACAUUCUCGAAAA